UUGCGCAAAAAAGCGCUUCUUUUAUCAAGUCGGUUGGAACGAGAGGAACAACUCGCUGCUUCUCUGCACCGGACCUUUGCUCCCGGGCCUGUUUUCUCUGGUAUUUCAGAUUCUACUGGUAGCCCUCAAACUAAGCCUGCAUCCAUUCCUGAGCAUCAACUUACCCUCUCAUCCACCCAAGAGACUACUAAGAUAUUGCAAAAUCUCGGUGCUACGAAUACAAGUCGCGCUAAUAAUGUCAACCCUGAUUUAGGCGUAGACCUUGCCCUUGAAGAGUCACAUAGCCAGGAGCUUCUUGUCAAAAGCGAAAGUUUUGCCAAUUCUAGUUCUGCUUCUGUUGUCGAGGAGAUAGGUCAGGAAGUUGAUGCUGCCUCCGGCAUACUUCUCAAAUCAAUUGGAUCUGUGCAAGGCUCUUAUUCUCGAUCCGAUCCUCCUGCUCAGGAUAUCCUCCUUCCUAUGGACUCUCAACUAUCGUCUACUGGCAGCGGACUUACAACUGAGCAUCUCUAUGAACAGUAUGCCUCAGCAGUCGACAUGUUUCCUCAGGUUUUAAACGUAGAUGAUGGAGAGGAGUUGAAAGAGAGCUCUCAUAACGCCUUGGAUAACCUCACGCAGUUGGCUUGUCAAGCCAGAUGUUCAGCGUCAUCUUUAGAUUCUCCCUUUGCUGUAACAGCAGCAGCAAGCAACCCGACGAAUCAACAGCAUAUGAUGCAAUCACAGCAGUACAGAAGAUCGGCAAAGCAACAACAGCGCCAACAAGUGCGUGUGGCUGGCCAGCGGUUUCGCGUCAAACAGCGUGUUACUAUGCCUGCUGAUCACACCAGCGACAUGGCUCAUCGUGUCGACAAAGCAUCUGACUCCAGUGUCACAGGGCAGACUUAGCGCUACUGUUCCAUCCGUAGUGUACGAUGA